AUGCUCAAUUUGCCUCCAUUUUCGAAGAGUCAAGAGGUCUGCACAGAUCUCGAAGCUGACAAGGCUCGCGCGCAAAUGACUACCGCUUUACCAGGGGACUCAUGGUUAAUGCUCCAUGAUCCUCGUAUGGUGCAAUUUCUUAACAAUGAGUACUGGGCCCAGGAUCUUGAAAAGUUCGCGCCAUAUCUUUGGGUGAUGUCAACUCACUCAAGUACCAACGUUAACCCGUUGCAUCGACAACUUGUCAAAGGGCGCAAGAUCAUUGUCACGGAGGAACCUCGAUUACAUUUAGUUUGGUUCCACGAUCGUAUUUUUAUUAAGCCUCUCCCCAAGUAUCUGCUCUCGUACAGAUUCUGGGAAAUGUUUAUGCUCAACAAACCUUCGUGCCUGGGUGAUCGUCAAGACGGAAUCCGACGGGCAGCUUUAGGAUACUUGCGGACUUACCGUUACUUGAUCCGGCAUGAGUCCGACUUUACGAUCGCCAUGCAAGACCACCUUCGCCUCAUUCCACAAGGCGUGGGGUGGGAAGAAUUCUGUCGGUUCAUUUCUGCUUUGGACCAUAUCAAAGAUCUUGAUGUGUCUGGCCGAUACAGCUAUGGAGAGCUAAGACUCUCGCGUCUCAACUUCUAUGCCCCACUCUUCCUUAACAAGUUCCACUUUGAGCAGAUUCAUGGACAAUACGGAGAUUAUUUUGCUAGGCUUUAUGGCCCUAUUCUAUUCAUUUUUGCCGUGGUAUCUACGAUGUUGAAUGCAAUGCAGGUUGAGUUGGCAGUCGACCAGGUGUCAGCAGCACAUUGGGUCUCAUUAUGGCCCACGUUCCGCGGAUUUACUGCGGUCGUGUUAAUUGGGACAAUCCUCUUAUUCGUCUGUUUUGUCUUUCUUUGGUUGUGGAUGUUCGUCGAUGAGUGGAUAUAUACCAUUAGAUCCAGGAGGCAGAGGAGAUAUGGUCAUCAGCCACUUAACUGCUAG